AUUUGAGGAGCCCCUGGCCAAUUUACUGAACAAGCAGCACCAGACAGUGAAGGAGCAGCUGGAGCAGCUGAGAAUCAAAAAGUCCUCGGUGAAAGUUCCCCAGGAGGCUGAGAAAGGCAAAGAGCAGAGGGAGAGAGCCCUGCAGAGCCUGGCCCUGGAUGGUGCCCAGAGGAACAGGCUCCAGCAGCAAAUGCAGCAGCAUGUUCAGCUCCUGACUCAAAUCCAUCUCCUGGCAAGUUUCAACCCUGCCCUGAGUUCAGAGGCCAACACCACCCAGAUGUUUUUGAGCGAGCUCGGGAGCUUUGCCUGCAGCUCCAGCCUGCACCAGGCGCCCCAGGAGCCCAAAUUCCAGAGCAUGUUCCAGCCCUGCAACUUGCAGGGGGCCCUGCAGCUCCUUCAGGACUUCCAUGCCCAGGUGCCCGUGGACUGGAGCCCCAGGAAGGCUGUGAAGAAUGCAAAUGAAUUCUCAUGUUUGCCAAAGCAAGUGGCCUGGAUUUUGGCAACCAGGAAAGUUUUUAUGUACCCAGAGCUGCUGCCAAUUUGUUCCUUGAGAGCAAACCCUCCCCGAGACAAGAUCGUCUUCACCAAGGCAGAGGACAACUUGUUGGCUUUAGGGCUGAAACAUUUCGAGGGCACGGAUUUCCCCAAGCCUUUGAUCAGCAAAUACCUCCUGCCCACCAAAACUGCCCACCAGCUGACAGUGAGGAUCAAGAACCUCAACAUGAACAGAGCCCCUGACAACAUCAUCAGGUACUACAAGAAGACGAAGCAGCUGCCUGUGCUGGUGAAGUGCUGUGAGGAAAUCCAGCCCCACCAGUGGAAACCUCCCGUGGAGAGGGAGGAGCAUCGCCUGCCCUUCUGGUUAAAGGCAAGCUUGCCCUCCAUCCAGGGAGAGCUGAAGCAGCUGGCAGAAGAUGCCAAGGAGACACCAGCCUCACCUGCUGGAGAAUCUGCCCUUGUGGGGGCAGAGAGGGGAGCUGCAGGCAGGGGCUGUGAUGACAAAUACCCUUUGCUGAUGCCCAAGGGGCUCGUGCUCACCCUGAAACCUUUGGGCAACCGCUUCUCCAGGAGGCCCUGGAGGAGGCAGAGAUCCUCAGCUCUGAAACCCGUCCUGAUCCGCCCCAGCCCCUGCCUGCAGCCCAGCUCCAGCCCCCUGAGCGUGCAGAAAAAUCAGAAAUUGCCUCAGUCCGAGGCUGCCCCCAGCAGGGGCCGGGGCCGCGUCCCUCGGCCCAUCCAGCCAGCGCCGCCACCCCUGAAAGUCCCAGCAGUGCUGGCAGCUGGGGAUGCCUUGGAAUUCCAGAAUGUUCUUUCCACUGGCCAGCCACACUCCAGACAAGCCUUCCCAGCUGCUGUAGGCCCAGCUCUGGUGGCCUCAGAGCCAGGGGCCUUCCAGCCCAAGGUGAUGCUGCCGGCCUUGGGCGGGAUGAGGACGCGCAAACCGUGCGUGAGGAAGAGCUACCAGAGGAAAAAAGGGACGAAAUCGGCCCCGGUGAUCAAAGCUUCCCCUGUGAUCCAGCCCUCCCCUGUCAUCCUGACUGUCCCUGCCACCACAGUGAAGGUGCUGAACAUUGGCAAUGGCUGCAACGUGAUCCAGCCCCUGAGCACGGCCGUGGGCCGGGGCGCUCAGGCCAUUCCUGUCACAACCCUGCUGGUGAAUCCCUCCACCUUCCCAUGCCCCUUAAACCAGCCUCUGGUCACCUCUUCCAUCCCAUCCCUGAUUGUCUCUCCCAGCCCUGUUGGGCUCUCUGCUCCUGCUGGGGCUGAAGGGGAGGAGAAGCUGACCCUGCUCCCUGCUCCAGGAGCUUUUCCUGCCGUGGAGCCCAAGGUGGAGCCCCCAGAGCUCUUUGUGCCCUGCUCCACUCUGUCCCCAAAGAAGGAGUGUGGCACAAACCCUGCCCAUGGGGACACUCAGGACAAGGGGAACAAGGGGGACUGCUGCAGCUGGGCAGUGGGAGAAGGAGAUGGGAACACAUCAGAGCCUUUGCCAGUGGUGGAGCUUUUGCCUCAUUUAGAAAAUCCUGAUGCGUCGGUGGAAAUCAAGUCAGAAGAUUUAAGUGAUGCUCCCAAAGAAGCCAACCUGGCCCAAAAAAGAGAUCUUCUAUGUGCUGAGAGGAAGGAGGAGUUCAUGCUGGGCCUUGGCCAGGAGCUGAACAUGGAGGCCGCUUGUUCCUGCGGCGGGGAUGAGGCCAAGAAGGAGCACGGGCCCUGUGAGGAGAAGGGAGAGGAGGAGCGCCAGGCCCUGCCCUCCCCUCCGCAGGGGGAGCAGCAGGGGGAGCCCGGGGGGGCUGCAGGGCCAGCAGGCAGCAGUGACUCCCCAAAGAUCCCCCCUCACCCAGCUGAGAGGGAGGCAGAGUUCAGCAGCCCCCCGGCAAGGCCGGAGGACUCCUCCAGCAUUGACGGGCAGUCUGUGGGGACACCGGCCGGGCCCGAGGCUGCAGGGGACAGGGAAGGGCAGGAAGAGGAGGAAGAAGAUGAUUUUGAUGAUUUUACACAAGAUGAGGAUGAGGAGAUGUCGUCAGCCUCAGAAGAGUCGAUUCUGUCAGUGCCAGAACUGCAGGAAACAAUGGAAAAACUGACUUGGCUUGCAACAGAGAGACGUUUAAGCCAAGAGGGAGAUUCUGAAGAGGAGAAUUCCCAGGAGGAGAACUCUGAGCCUGAGGAAGAGGAGGAGGAGGAAGGGGAAGGAAUAGAGAGCUUGCAGAAAGAUGAUGAAACGUGUGGGGACACAGCAGAGGAGCCUAAAUCUGCUUUCACCAUGGCCAAGGCAGCUUCCCCACAGGUGGAGGCCCACAGGAGGCCAGCAGGAGAGAACCUGAAAGCCCCAGGGAAGAGCAGGAGCUCCCACAGGACCAGGAGCAAGAGGGGCAGAGCUCGUGGCAGCAAAGACACCUCCAAGCUGCUGCUGCUCUACGACGAGGACAUCCUGGAGAGGGACCCCCUGAGGGAGCAGAAGGACCUGGCCUUUGCCCAGGCCUACCUGACCAGGGUCCGUGAGACCCUGCAGCACAUCCCAGGGAAAUACGAAGAUUUCCUGCGCGUCAUCUACGAGUUUGAGAUCAGCACGGACAAACGGACAGCCGUGGAUCUCUACUCCACUCUGCAGAAGCUGCUGCACGACUGGCCACAGCUGCUCACUGAUUUUGCUGCCUUUCUGCUACCAGAACAAGCUCUGGAGUGUGGGCUGUUUGAGGAGCAGCAAGCCUUUGAAAAGAGCAGGAAGUUCCUCAGGCAGCUGGAGAUCUGCUUUGCUGAAAAUCCUGCCCACCACCAAAAGAUCAUCAAAGUCCUGCAGAGCUGUGCAGACUGUGUGCCCCAGGAGAUCGCAGAGCUGAAGACCCAAAUGUGGCAGCUGCUGAAGGGCCAUGACCACCUGCAGGAUGAGUUCUCAGUUUUCUUUGAUCACCUCCGACCCUCUGCCAGCCGCAUGGGAGACUUUGAGGAGAUCAACUGGACAGAAGAGAAGGAAUAUGAGUUUGAUGGCUUUGAGGAGGUGUCUCUGCCAGAUGUAGAAGAGGAGGAUGAACCACCCAAAAUUCAUGGAGCCACCAGAAACAAGAAGAGGAAGGAGAUUGGAGGCCAACACCACGACAAGGAGGUGGAGUGGGUGGAGGGGCUGAAGGAAUGUUCCUGUUCCUGUUCCUGCCAUGAAGGGAGCAGUGACCCGAAGCUCAAGAAGAGCAAGAGGAGGAGCUGCAGCCAUUGUGGCAGCAAGGUGUGUGAAAGCAAAUUUUACAAAAACAAAGAUUCUCAGGAGCUUCCUGCCAGCCUUGCUCAGAGGGAGUCGAGUCCCCAGCCAGAAGGGAAGGAGCCUGGAAUGUCCAAGGAAGCUGGAGAGGAAAUCCUGGAGAGCAGAGACGAGGCAGAGGAUGCCCAGGGCAGGACAAAGCCUGGCCUGAGGAGGGGGGAGUCUGUGUCUGCAGCAGGACCUCAGCUGGAAGGAAGGCUGCCCUCCAGCACACCUUGUGGAAAGGCUGCCCCUGCUGAUGCCCAGCUUCCAGAAGGUUCCAGUGCAGGUGUGGGCACUGCCAAGGACGGGGACUCUGCUGCCACUGGCCCCAGAUGGGCUCAGCUGCCAAAAGCUGCUCUGAACCUACCUCAAGAAACCAAAGCCUGCCCUUGCCCUGGGGCCCUGGAGCAGCCUGGGGGGGAGGCCCAGGGGCUGAGCAGGGACCUGCUGCUCUCUGCUGCAGCCAGGGGCUCCCCAGCACCUCCUCCCUGCCAGCCUGAGGGGCUUCAUUCUCAACAUGGGGGCUCUGCUCUUGCUCCUGAAGGUGGCAGAGAGCUCGAGGAGGGAGCAGCUUUGGCCCUGGCAGGAGGAGCUGAAGCAAAGCAGGGCUGGAGCUGCAGCUCAGGCUCCCCUGGGCACUGCAGCUUGGACACACAGGCCAGAGGCUGCUCUGGAGCUGCUCCUGAGGCCAGGCCAAGGGCAAAUGCAAGCAGCAGCUUCUUGGUGCAUCAGCAGCCUGGGCAGAUGGAGCCCAGAGCAGGAACAGCCUGCCCAGGGCACAGGGAGGAGCAGCAGCAGCAGCAGCAGCGGGUGACAGAGGCCACCGUGUGUGCCAAGAACAGCAAAGUCAGCUCCACUGGGGAGAAGGUCGUGCUCUGGACCAGGGAGGCUGACAGAGUCAUCCUCACCACGUGCCAGGAGAAGGGAGCCCACCUGGACACCUUCCAUGCCAUCUCCCAGAAGCUGGGCAACAAAACAGCCAGUGAGGUGUCCCACAGGUUCAGGGAGCUGAUGAGGCUGUUCCACACGUCCUGUGAUGGCAGCUCUGAGGAUGAGGAGGAUGCCACCAGCACCAGCAACACAGACCAGCUGUCAGACAAGGAUCUUCUGCUUUCUGAGGAAGAACCUGAUGACUGAGGUGAUGAAACUACUGACUGCACCACAAGAGGGGGUUUGGUUUUUGCCAGUUUGCUGCUAGACAGGUGCUGUGGAAAAAUGUUUGCACAGGUACUUGAGACAGCACCUUAAUUCACCUUAAUUACCUUUUGUUCAAUUUCCAGCCUGUACCAAACCAAAGGCAGGAAGUAAAAUGAAAAAUAUUCUUUAGAACUCCCCUGGGGAGUUUCAGCAGUGGAAUAACAGAACUUGGGGACACUGAUCUGGCCUUGGGGCCCAGCAGCCUCUAACCAGGACCUGUAAAUAUUGUACCCUGAAAUGUCACUUUUUAUGUGCAACAAACACAUGAGUUUUUCUAA